AUGUCCCACCGCCAGCCCCCACCGCAGCCGGCCCGGGGCUCACGGCCCCAGACCGCCGCAUCAUCCGGUUCGGCGCCGAAGGCUUCCGGCACCAAGGCUCCUGCUCCCUCUUCGGCUCCCGCUCCCAAGACCGCCUCCAAGCAGUCCACCAUCACCACCACCACCGCCACUACCACCACAACAACUACCACAACUACCACAACACCCAUCUUGGCGGCGCCGAAGCCCGUCCGCCCCGUUUCGUCAACACUCCAGCCCCCAGCGGCGCAGUGGACGGGGAACCCGAGCCCACCGUCCUACACCAGCUUCAACGUCCCGCCGCCCGCGAGCCCGGCCCCCAACCCUGGCGCUGGCGGCCUGUCUGCCCCCUCGAGGAUGACGGCCUCGCCCGGUGUUUCCACUUCGAACCGUCUGGCCAACCUGCGCAGCCCAGGGCCCGGCGCUCUUACCAGCUUCCCUACCCCGCCGACGCCGCCGCAGCAGAGAGAAGCGACGAGUUACUUCCCCAAAGACAUCAACACCACCCAUCUCCCCCCGAAGAAGCCAUCGACUCCGGUGCCCGCCCCUGCCCGGCGGCCUCCCCUCAGCGUGGCGCAUGGAGUCUUGACGCCUCCGGAGAAGGCAAUGAGCCCCGUCGAAGCAGUAGCCCCCGAGACGAAGCAGCGGCCCGGCGUCAUCGACUUCGACAACCUCGAAGAGACCCUGCAGAACCUGCGCUUCGCCCCUUCGCCCAUGCUGUCCACCAUCUACUCCGUGCCGUCGACCCCGCGAGACGAGCUCACGACGCCCGACUUCCCCACCGGCGCCACCUCGUGCUUCACGCCGCCGUCCACGAACCCGACCCCUGAACCCCUCACGCCCCUCGACCCGACCCCUCCCCGCGGCGGGGGACUCCCUCUGCCUGCAGCAGCGGCGCCGAUCAAGGAACCCGUCAUCAUGCCGCCCACCAGACCGCGCGCCAACUCUCGCAGGGCCAGCCCACCCAACGGGAAACGCGGCCGCGCCGUCGUCGCCUGCAUCGACACCCCCGUAACCUUCAGCACGACCUGGUACGCCCACCCGGCGGCCCCGGACUUCUCCGUCUGCUCGCGGUGCUACGAGGACCACCUCGUCGGCACCCGCUUCGAGCACGACUUCCGCGGCAAGGUAUGCGGCGACGGAGAGCCCCGCGCGUGCCGUUUCAGCAAGCCGCGGGUCAGGGACCAUCUCCUCCGCACCACGCUCGCCACGGGACGCAUCGAGGACCUCGUCGGCUUCCUCCGCCACCGGAGCGCCGUUCCAGACUGCAAGGGUUCCGACGGCGUCAGGGGCAGCGAGCGCGGGACCAAGUGGUUCCGCCCCAGGAACAACGCCGUGCCGAACAUGGUCGUCUGCGAGGCCUGCUUCGAGGACCACGUCCAGCCGUACCGCUUCGCCGCGCAGCACUUCGAGCCGGCGGCCGGCCAGGCGCCGGGCGACGUGUGGUCGUGCGACUUCUCGAUCCCGCGCAUCCGGAACGCGUACAAAACGGCCGCCGCGAGGGACGACUGGGCCGGGUUCGCCAAGGAGGCCGCGGCGCGGAUGAACAUGCCCGCCUGCGGCGGGCGGCAGAAGGUCACCGUCGGCUCCCGCCGAUGGUUCACGCCGGCGACCAACGGGCGCCACGAGGGCGUCCUCGUCUGCGCCGCCUGCUACAGCGACCACGUCGUCGGCUCCGGCGAGGAGCACCGCUGGCGCCAGGUCGCCGGCGACCACGACCACGACGGCCUCGCCUCCCGCUACGGCAGCCUCGUCUACUGCGCGCUGGGCCACUUCAACAUCGGCAUCGCCAUGGCCCGCGCCGUCGAGUCCGGCGACGCCUCCGUCUUCUGGCGCGCCCUCGAUGCCGUCUGCCGCGAGGAGUUCUGCCACCCGCAGGGCAUCAAGGACGGCACCUGGUACACUUUCCCCUCGCACCCGGAGGACUUCGCCAUCUGCGCCGCCUGCGUGGCCGCCGUCGCGUCGCCGCUCGGCCUCGCCUCCUCGCUCGUGCCCCGUUGCGGCGUCCCGCCCGGCGCGACCAUCACGUGUUCCCUGAACCCGGCGAGCCCGCGCUUCGCGUCGUACGCGGCCCGUCUGCGCGAGGCCUUCCUGGCCGCCGACGCGCAGCCGCUCGAGGCCUAUGCGCUCGAGUUCGCCAGCCUGCCGCCGUGCCCGCGCGACGAGGACGUCCGCGACCGCCGCUGGUACGGCUGGCGCGACGGCUGCGUCGCCUGCCCGUCGUGCUAUCGCGAGUGCGUCCGCGGCACGGCCCUGGCGGCCUCGAUGCCGCUCAGGGGCGACGUGGUGGCCGCGAGCCUCGCGUGCGAGAUGUACAGCCCGCGCAUGCGCGCGCUGUACGCCGACGCCUGCUCGCGUUCGCCGCCCGACGCGUCGGCGCUGCUGGAAGCCGGCCGCCGGCGGCGCGCCGUGUACGUCGAGACGGUGCCGGCGAUCCGCGAGAUGGUCAUGGGGCUGCAGGGCUCGCUGUGCGGGAACCAGGUCGACUCGAUCCUGGCCGGGUACGGUUCUGCGUCGCGGACGCAUGUUCUUAGGGAGUUGGAGAGGCGGUGGAGGGAGGUGGAGUGA